AUGAGCUGUUCUCAGUCAUGUUGCUCAAAAAAGAAGCCUCGAAAGCCGUCCAGGAUCCAGGAAUCUAAUGCUGAGGCCAGUAGUCACCCAGAGACAUACCAUGGAGAGUAUAUUGACCUAGACAGCCGUGAGGAUAUUCCUUGUGCGCCUGGUUCAUGCUCUCAUAUUAUCCCUUGCCCGAACUCGACUAUUGAGCCACGGGUCCGGUUUAUAUCACCUGAAGUGCCCGUAUAUAGUUCUGACGCAGCCCCUGGUCGUGAAUCUCGUAGCACCUUUCGAACAACUACUCCCAGUACUUCCGCUGCACGGAAUCAAUUAACUAAGCUCGAAGACCAUGGUGAAAAAAAUUCUACUUUGCAACGUCCACAACGGAAACGGCCUCGCCACUCUAAUGACGCAUACCCUUCAGAUACGGAAGUCCGAGCUGCAAGAAGUCUGGAUCGAAGUGGAACAACCGCAAAACGGCGUGGCUUAACAGAUUGUACAAGCGGACGGCUGCCACAACUUCCCAGCAUUAGAAGGCCUAGUGUUAAUGAGCUUCAAAGGCGAGCGAAUUUGGACGGGAUGAAAAAUGAUUUUAAGAACACUCCUGCGACGAGACAGCCACUGGACGGCACUCAUACUGCUAGACCAUCGCACGCCCUUCGUCGGUUAGGUUCUAAUACACGCAGCUUGAACGGAAACCUACCGAAUUCGCCUAAGCGCCCAAAUUCUCGACCCAAUUUGGAAUUCUCAGAGGCAGAUUCGUCCGACGUGGAUUUCGACGAUUUAAGUGUCUGGUCUCUAGAAGAAAAAUGUGUCCUUAUCCUUCACUCGAUCUUCAAAUCACCGUAUACGUCUAUUAGAAGGACACAAGCGUUUACAUCACGGCAAAAAUUUGAAAGGUUCAUUGAGCGCAGGUCUAUUUCUUUGGUAGAGCACCUAGACAUAGAACCCACAUCAAAAACUGUUAACGUGCUGGAUAAGGACGAACUUGGAUGGCAAAGGGUUCUCUAUGAAGUGCAAUUCCCAACUGAUGAAGACUCGGACCCUGAUAUGCCGGUAAUAGUUCCGCAUGAUUUUAUCGCUGGUCCAAUAAAAUCAUCUUUUAUACCUGUCCUUGCGGAGUGCGGGAUGAUAGAUGAAGAGCAAGUGGCUAAGCUCGAGCCAGGAGGACUGGAAUACUGGGAGUCUUGGGUCGAAGUUGGUACACUCGAUAGUUGA